GAUUACGCACAGAGGAGCGCGCUUCUCCCGGCCUCAUUGCCUGUACUGCCGUUCACAAACCCUCCAAAUCCACCCGGAUUAAACCGACAAAACCACACCACACGCCUUCGAACAGCAUGGAGUCUGCCCUGAAGAAAGACACGGAGAGCACCUGUGUGCUGUGCUGCCAGGACAUCGACCUGUUCGCGGUGGGGAAGUGCGAUCACCCGGUGUGUUACCGCUGCUCCACCAAGAUGCGGGUGCUGUGCGAGCAGAAGUACUGCGCCGUCUGCCGGGAGCAGCUAGACAAGGUGGUCUUCUUAAGGAAACCAGAAGCGUUUGCCACUCUGAACAUUCAUCAUUAUCAAUGUGAGAAGAAAUAUGACAUUUAUUUUGGAGAUGGAAAGGUUCAUGCACAGUUCAGGAAGAUUUUGUUAAAUGAAUGUCCACAUUGCCCGGAACCGAAAGUGUUCUCCAAAUUUGAAGAAUUAGAGCAGCAUAUGCGGAAACAACAUGAGCUCUUCUGCUGCAAGUUAUGCUUGAAGCACUUGAAGAUAUUCUCAUAUGAGCGCAAGUGGUACAGUCGUAAAGAUUUGGCUCGCCAUCGAAUGCAAGGGGACCCGGAUGACACCUCGCACCGCGGGCAUCCGCUUUGUAAAUUCUGUGACGAUCGAUACCUGGACAACGAUGAGCUGCUGAAACACCUGCGCCGCGACCAUUACUUCUGCCAUUUCUGUGAUGCAGAUGGAGCUCAGGAGUAUUACAGUGACUACCAGUACCUGAGUGAGCACUUCAGAGAGAGCCAUUAUCUGUGCGAGGAGGGCCGCUGCAGUACAGAGCAGUUCACUCACGCUUUCCGCACAGAAAUUGACUAUAAGGCUCACAAAGCUGCUGCCCACAGCAAGAACAGGGCAGAGGCAAGGCAGAAUCGUCAAAUCGACAUUCAGUUCAACUAUGCACCCAGACAGCAGCGCAGAAAUGAUGUUGGUGGCGAUGAUUACGAGGAAGUGGACCGCUUCAAUCGACAGGGAAGACCAGGAAGAGGAAGAGGCCCAGGUGGACAGCAGAAUCUCAGGAGUUGGAGAUAUAACCGAGAGGAAGAGGACAGGGAGAUGGCUGCAGCCAUGCGAGCUUCAAUGGCCAGUCACCAAGAAGAGAGAAGCCACGUGCAAGAGAGAAGCAUGCUGAAGCCACGCAGAGAAGAAAAGUUGGAGCCGGAUGAGAUGAGGAAUAACAGGAGCACAGCAAGACCAACUAAUGAUAUUCAAGCUCGAUCGAUGAAGAGUAAUGGCUCUUUGGCUGGUCAGGACUUUCCUGUCUUAGGGGCAGGUGCACCUCCUGCGCCAGUUCAAAGCAUGAUUCAAAAACCUUCUGUCUCCCUAAAAGAAGAUGACUUUCCAAGUUUGUCUGGCUCUGUCGUUUCUUCUCCAAUGACACCAGCAUACACCAAUCAACCCAGGAAACAUUCUUCCUUCCAAGAAGAGGAUUUCCCUGCUCUAGUCUCCAAGAUCAAACCACUGAAGCCCCAGUCCAGCGCAGCAUCUGCCUGGUCUCAAGCUGGAAGCAAACCUGUCGUGGCUCCCAACAAGCCUGUCGUUCUGCCCACCAAAAUGACCCCUAUGUCCUCCUCGUCCAUAUUGUCCAGCACUGACCCGCUUCCCAGUGCAAGUGUUCCUCAGCCUCUCACUGCCUCCUCGUCUCGCCGCAAAAAGAUGCUCACUCUUACUGAAAGCCACAAAGAUCCACCAAAAGUCAGAUGUCCGUCUUCAUCCGACGACGAGGACCCUCAUAGUGGUAAAACAGCCCUGGAGAUUCGAACAGUGCCGACCAUGCUGGACAUUUCCACUCUGUUAACGGUGAAAGGAAGCUCACCUCAGGCCAACCCCAAAGCCAGUAAGAAGAAGAAGCAAACUACGGCUUCUUCUUUGGGAUCUCCUUCACGUACUCCAGAGACUGUUUCCAAAAUGGCUCACAAAGAGAACGUUCCUGAGAAGAAGCCCCCAGAAACGGGUCUCAAUAAAGCUCCUACAGCCCCUAAAACAAACUCUAUUGUUAACGGAGUUGCAGAGAAGCCUGCAGAAGCACUGUCCUGUACAUCAUUUCCUGAAAAUAUUACUUCCUCAAAGCAGCCGGUUACUGAUCAAGCUCCUCCAUCUAAGGAAGAAGAGUUUCCUGCUCUUAUCUCCAAAAAACCUCCACCUGGUUUUAAAAGUGCGUUUCCGUUGAGGAAUUCUCAGAGUGCUCUUCCUCCUCCUCCUCCUCCUGGCCUCGGGCCUGCUGUCAGCAAACCUCCUCCAGGAUUCACUGGUGUCCCACUCAAUAGUAAUGUGGAGGAUUCUUCAGUGUCCGCUGUUAACAGACCAACACCUGCUAUUGGAUCCUACCUCAUACCUGAUCAUUUCCAGCAGAGAAACAUGGACCUUAUUCAGUCUAUUAAGAAUUUCCUUCAAAAUGAUGAAACCAAGUUCAAUGAGUUUAAAAACUAUUCAGGCCAAUUUAGACAGGGUGCACUUCCUGCUGUUCAGUACUAUAAAAGCUGCCAAGAGCUUCUGGGAGAGAAUUUCAACAGGGUCUUUAACGAACUGCUGGUUCUCCUACCAGACACUCGCAAGCAACAGGAGCUCCUCACUGCCCACGGAGACUUUAAGGCCCUUGAGAAACAGCAGCAGGGCUCCAAACCUAAAAAGAGCAAGAAGAAAGCCUGGCAGACGGGCACCAGCAGCAGCAGCAGCCUGGAUCUGGACUGCCAAGUGUGUCCCACGUGUAAACAGGUGCUGGCGCUCAAAGACUUCAACACCCAUAAGACCCUUCACAUUGGUGAUGAUGACUUCCCUUCUCUACAGGCCAUAAGCAAGAUUAUCAGCUAGCGGACGUUCACGGCUGUCCACGACAAACACACACACACACACAAGCCUGGUGCUGCACCAGAAUAAUAAAGCAGGAUGCUUGAGAGGAUGAUGAUUAUGAUGUUUACUCUGAUAGUUCAGGUUCAGCAAGUUUUGACGUCACCUUCGAUUUUGGGGCAGAUUGAUCAACCCUGGACGCACGCAGGUAGAGCUUGUUAAACAUUUCCAAGAGGUUUCAUCUACUUGAAAAGCUUGAGUUCUAACGUUAAUUCCUUUUAAUGCUCCUCCAGUUGAUCAUCUUGACUUGUUCUCUUCAUCAGGUUUUCCAAUGCUGUUAGCAUGGUCAUUUUUCGUUUUUUUUGUAACGGUAAGGUUGGCUGCCUUUGAAAAAUAACCUAUUUAUUUCAGAACGCUCCUGCCGUGUGAUUUGGAAUCAAUUCAUUUCUCAUCUCUGUUUACAAACUUUGCAGCGCAUC